AUGGCCACGCUAAUCCGGAGCAAGAUUUCCAACGUCGCCACCUCGGUUUCCAACAAGUCCCAGGCGAAGGUGAGCGGCAUGUUCGCGAGGAUGGGCUUCCAGGCGGCCACCGACGAAGAGGCGGUUGGGUUUGCUCACUGCGAUGACCUGGACCUGGAGCACAGGCAGGGGCUGCAAAUGGACAUCUUGAAGUCUGACGCCAGCGAAGAGGGAGCCGAGCCCCCCGUGGAAGGGGACAUCCACUACCAGCGGGACGGCACCGGGCCCCUGCCCCCGUCCGCCUCCAAGGAUGAGGGCGUGUGCUCGGAGCUCUCCGGCCAAGGCAAGCCCAAGAUCACGGCCUGGGAAGCGGGCUGGAACGUCACCAAUGCCAUCCAGGGGAUGUUUGUUCUUGGCCUGCCCUAUGCUAUCCUUCAUGGUGGAUACCUAGGACUCUUUUUAAUUAUUUUCGCUGCAGUGGUUUGCUGCUACACUGGGAAAAUCCUUAUUGGCUGUCUUUACGAGGAGAACGAAGAUGGGGAGAUAGUCAGGGUGAGAGACUCCUACGUGGACAUCGCCAACGCUUGCUGCGCUCCCAGGUUUCCCAAGCUUGGAGGGAGGAUUGUGAACGUGGCUCAGAUCAUUGAGCUGGUCAUGACCUGCAUUCUCUAUGUGGUGGUCAGUGGAAACCUGAUGUACAACAGCUUCCCAAACUCGCCUGUCUCCCAGAAAUCUUGGUCCAUCAUUGCCACAGCAGUGCUCCUGCCUUGUGCUUUCUUGAAGAACCUCAAGGCUGUCUCGAAGUUCAGUUUGCUCUGCACCUUGGCCCACUUUGUUAUCAACGUUUUAGUGAUUGCCUACUGUCUCUCCAGAGCGCGUGACUGGGCUUGGGACAAAGUCAAAUUUUACAUUGAUGUGAAGAAGUUUCCCAUCUCCAUUGGCAUAAUCGUCUUUAGCUACACCUCCCAAAUUUUUCUGCCUUCCUUAGAGGGGAAUAUGCAGAAUCCUAAGGAGUUUCAUUGCAUGAUGAACUGGACUCACAUAGCAGCUUGCAUCCUCAAGGGACUCUUUGCCUUGGUAGCCUAUCUGACCUGGGCUGAUGAGACUAAAGAAGUCAUCACAGACAACUUGCCAUCCACCAUUAGGGCAGUAGUCAACAUUUUCUUGGUGGCCAAAGCCUUGCUUUCCUACCCCUUGCCCUUCUUUGCCGCUGUGGAAGUGCUGGAGAGAUCCCUUUUCCAAGAUGGAAACAGGGCAUUCUUUCCCAACUGUUAUGGGGGUGAUGGGAGGCUCAAGUCUUGGGGACUCACCCUCAGAUGUGGUCUGGUAGUUUUCACCUUGCUAAUGGCUAUCUAUGUCCCUCACUUUGCCCUCCUGAUGGGUCUUACUGGGAGCCUCACAGGUGCAGGUCUCUGUUUCCUGCUCCCAAGUCUCUUCCACCUCAAACUCUUGUGGAGGAAGCUUUUGUGGCACCAUGUCUUUUUUGAUGUCGCUAUUUUCGUUAUAGGUGGUAUCUGCAGCGUGUCUGGGUUCAUCCAUUCUUUAGAAGGUCUCAUAGAGGCUUUUAGAACCAGUUCUGACGAGUAA